UAGCACUGUAAACCCAUUAACGAAAUCAGCUUUUAUCAAAGAAUCGUUCAUCGUCACCUGCACCCUUGGAGGAACCAGUUUUCUUUGGAAGCAACAGGUUGUGAAUAUUGGGCAUCACGCCGCCAUUGGCAAUGGUAACAUCACCAAGAAGCUUGCUCAGUUCUUCAUCGUUUCUAACAGCCAAUUGAACAUGCCUUGGCACAAUUCUAGUCUUCUUGUUGUCCCUUGCAGCAUUUCCAGCCAAUUCAAGAACCUCAGCAAAUCAGCAUUAACUUCAACAAUUUCCUUACUUCCUAAUUCCAAUUUGGAUAAGUCUGUUUGUAACAAAAGCAAUGCAAAACGUGACACUCAGCAGAUUAUCCAGCCUUACCUAUCCGAUAUCUUAGAUUACCUUCGCACAAUGGAGAUGCAGGAAAAACGAAGACCAGCGGGUGAUUACAUGGAUAAAGUUCAGAGAUGCAUUACUACAAAUAUGAGGAGAACAUUGGUGGAUUGGUUAGUUGAGGUUGCGGAUGAAUACAAACUUCUCCCAGAAACUCUUCAUCUAGCUGUUUCCUACAUUGACAGAUUCCUAUCUAUCCAUUCUCUCAAUAGAUCCAAGCUUCAGCUGCUCGGUGUUUCCGCUAUGCUCAUUGCAUCGAAGUAUGAAGAAAUCACUCCACCAAAAGCAGUGGAUUUCUGCCAAAUUACUGAUAACACAUAUGAACUGCAUGAGGUUUUAGAGAUGGAAGCUCACCAAUUUCACUGCAGUAAAAAAAGUAGAGUAAUUAGCCAAAGUAGUAAAAAUUCAAGAAAUAUCCCAAAUUGGCAUGAAGUCAAAACAGAGCAAGAAAGUACGAAGGUUCAGAUUACCAUUUUCGAACCUAGCAUCAAAGGGGUCAAUCCAAUUUCUGAACAUCCAAAGUGCUUUACAGAGUUACUCUUCUGGAAUACCAAAGGCAUCUUUGAAACCCUAAAUCAGGAGAUAUAA